CAACAACAAAGCCACGCGAUGACAACGAGCAGCAGCACAUGGCAGCGGCUGUGUGGGUGUCGUGAUGAGUUGAGCAUCGGGCUCGCGCUGAGAUGCGGGCAGGCGUUUGGGUGGAAGCAGCUGGAGGCAACAGCGUUCGUUGGCACGGUUAAUGACACCGCAGUGGCGCUGCGCACCGCACCGAACGGCGCAACGGAGUACCGCGUGCUGCACGCGCCCUCGCGCUCAUUCGCAUCCACGCGCGACUUACUGUCGGACUACUUCCAGCUCAGCACAAAGCUCAAGCCCCUCUAUGAGCAGUGGGCAGCAGCCGACCCGCGCAUGCAGACAGCAGCGGCGGCGCUGGCUGGCUUGCGCGUGAUCCGGCAGCCUCCCUUCGAGUGCCUCAUCUCGUUCAUCUGCUCCUCCAACAACAACAUCGCCCGCAUCACAAGCAUGCUGUCAUCGCUGCGCCUUCGGUAUGGCACGAAGCUGACCCACCAUGACGGUGACCCCAUUCACGCCUUUCCAACACUGGACCAGCUGCAGCCCGUCACUGAGCAGGAGUUGCGGGAUCUCGGCUUUGGAUACAGAGCAAAGUUCAUUGUGAAGACUGUGGACGCCCUCAAAGCAGCCGGCGGUGAAGCGUAUCUUCAAUCCCUCAGAACCAAGUCAUCACAGGUGCUGUGGUGUAUUGCCGUGCGGGACUACGACCGGUCGCUCGCGGCGAUGAAGAGCUUGACGCCGCGCGUGUACGAUCGCGUCGGCUCUCUCUUCAGGCAGCGGUUUGGAGACCACGCCGGCUGGGCACACAGUGUGCUGUUUGCUGCUGAGCUGCCCGUGUUUGCACCACUUCUCCCUUCGCACUUUGUGGACGCAAACGCGGCAUUUCGGACAGAGACGAAGAUGAAGAAGAAGGCGUUGGCGAAGAAGAAGGACAGCAGUGGUGGUGGUGAGGCGAUAAAGCGGAAGAAGCAAGGCAAGGCGAACGCGAACGCAAAGAGCACUCGUGCUGGUGGUGGUGGUGGUGGCGGCGAUGGUGGUGGGAGGGCGAGCCGCAACAAUGGAAAGAAGCAAACGAGCAAAGAAAGAGCGAGUGAGGAGGGGACGAGAGCGCGCGGUCAGAGUACGGAGACUGGAGGGGGGCGAGGAGGAAGGAAGAAGAAAGGUGUAGAGCACAGGACGGCGCAGGCGGUCGCAAGUCCAGUGAGCGUACACGAUCGUCCUGAUGACAAGCCCUCGGGCAGAGAAAAAAAGAGGAGAGCACGCGCCCCGGCAUCAGCGAAGAAAUCAGCAAAGAAAUCAGCAAAGACAACAACACAUCAUGCGCAGCAACAGCCAACGUCAAGCAACCGCAACGACGAACAUCACAAGAACCACAACAGCAACAAGAACCGCAACAGCAACAAGAAUCACGCCAGCCCCAGCACGAGCGCUGGUGCGACCACUGUGCAAAGAAGACGACGCGAUGGCGGUGAAGGGCGGUGGAAGCGACGCAGUCCUCGACUCGCCAGCACCAGCACAACGUGAUGAUGAUGACGACGAUGAUGAUGAUGACGACGACGACGACGACGACGAUGA